AUGAGAAGACAUCUUACCUUCCUCCAAAGAGCCCGCUUCAGCACCUUCCACUUCAACCAGACCAAAUCCAACCUCAACCCCAACCCGACCACCCUCCAAGUACCCAAAAUGGCGCCCCUAAAUGCUGCCUCUGAGGCCGCCAUCGCCAGACUCCGAAACUACGUCCCCCCGCCAACGCAGUAUGACAUGCUCCCGCUGAGCAGGCGGGCAGCGGUGCUGAUACUGCUCUUCGCCGAUGCCAAGGGGGAUCUAAAAGUUGUUGUUACGAUGCGGGCUAAGACAUUAAGUUCAUAUGCAGGUGAUGCUGCUUUGCCUGGUGGCCGAGCAGACUUCCCGACCGAAACCGCCUUCCAAACGGCGCGGCGCGAGGCGAGCGAGGAGAUCGGGCUAGCCGACAUCAACCAGAAGCUCCCACCGCCGUUCAGAGUGGAGCAUCUCUGCGAGAUGCCGACCAAUCUUGCCAAAACGGAGUUGGUGGUGCGUCCCUGCGUCGCGCUCCUUCACGGCUACGACCCGCAGACGGGGCUGAGUGCCGAUCCGGAGGAGUCGCUUAUUCCUAUUUUGGACGCCAGGGAGGUGGCGGCUGUUUUUACGGCGCCGUUGGAAGGGUUUUUGAAGAGUCGGCUUGAUGGGCGGGAGGAUUGGUAUCGGGUGCACCAGUUCUUUGUUCACCAGAACGAUCAAAUCUAUCGCAUAUUCGGGAUGACUGCACGCAUCAUCGUUGACGCAGCACGAGUUGCAUACGCACGAGAACCGGAGUUUGAGCAUAACAGCCAUUUUGGAGAUGAGGAGAUGAUCGCCAAGUUACGGCGAAUGGGGCGAUUGAGUGCAGUGCGCAAAGCCUCGGAUGAAUUGACUCGCGAGACGAUGCAGAAGGCAGCCAAGCUUAGUUAA